CUCUCUCUCUCUCUCUCUCUCAUAUAUCUCUCCGAGUUCAAAGAAGCUCAGCAUAUAGGGGUUUGUGGGUUUUGGGUCACUGGGCAGUCUAUUCCGUACGCAGGCACGUUUAUACACAUCGAUACGUACAUAUAUAUAUGUAUAUGCGGGAUGAUGGUGUAUGAGCAGAUGAAUCAGAUGACGAUAACGACGGCAACGAUGAUGAAGAAGAGGAUGGGAUCUGUAGUAAAUACACAGAAGAGACAGCUGAGGAGAAGUGUGUCGGCCACGGCGGAUGAGAAGAAGGAAGAGACUUUGGAUCUCAACGGCAUGUCUUUGGUCUCUCUCCCAACCUCUUCUUUCAACUUGGCCUCCAUCUCCAAACUCGAUCUCUCCAACAAUAAUCUUCAGAACAUUCCAGAAUCUUUGGUGGCGAGAAUGCUAAAUGUGAUGGCGCUUGAUUUGCAUUCAAAUCAGCUCAAGACACUUCCGAACUCAAUUGGAUGCCUCUCGAAGCUUAAGAUCCUUAAUGUCUCGGGAAAUUUUCUCCAAUAUCUUCCCAAAACUAUCGAAGAUUGCAGAUCGCUGGAAGAACUAAACGUGAACUUCAACGAGCUGACAAAGCUACCAGACACGAUAGGGUUCGAACUGAUGAAACUGAAGAAGCUGUCGGUAAACUCCAACAAGCUCGUGCUGUUGCCCAACUCCACAAGCCACAUGACGUCACUCCGCGUUUUGGACGCGCGUCUCAACUGCUUGCGUUCGCUUCCCGAUGACCUGGAGAACCUCGUCAACCUGCAGGUCCUUAACGUGAGUCAGAACUUUCAGCACUUGACGGCGUUACCUUACUCCGUUGGGCUUUUGAUAUCGCUCGUCGAGCUGGACGUUAGUUAUAACGGAAUCACGGCGUUGCCUGAAUCCAUCGGGUGCCUCCGACGGAUUGAGAAGCUCUCCGUUGAAGGCAAUCCCCUUGUCUCCCCUCCAUUUGAAGUGGUGGAGCAAGGGUUGGAAGCGGUGAAAAAGUACAUGAGCGAGAAGAUGAACGCAACACGCAAGACUCCGAGCAGGAAAAAGACUUGGGGUGGGCUGGGGAAACUGGUGAAGUACCGUACGUUCCACGGCCUGAGAUCGUCGCCGGGGACACCUGGCCGUGAACGCCGGCGAGACGAAGACGAAGAAGAAGAGAGGCGAGGCUUCAUCAACGUCUCCGACUACCGCCACAUCGACGGGCUCGCCUCCCCCCGCCACGUGUCCCUCUUCACCCCUCGCCGCCUCUUCUCCCCUCUCUCCGGCUACUUCUCUCCUCCCCGCUUCUAGGGGUACUUCCGUCUUUUCACCUCUACAUCUUCUUCCUGGUCUCCUUUUAUUUUUUUAAAUUUUCCCCUCGUGAUGUUGUAAGAUAUGUCGUAUGCUCGUGUUCAGACCGUGUUUAGGGAAAGGUUUUGUACCAUAAGUGUUGAAAGUUUUGAUUUCAAUUUGUUAUUUUGAAA